UUGUAAGUGGGGAUGCACCAUGGGCAGGUCGACUCUGUUGCCAUCUGUCAUUCUCAAGUGACUGUAGGCAGGCAUGUCUUACAGGUAACUCAAGGAAUGAUCUUGGUACAAGAUGUAGGCAGAGUGAUGAGAUGCAGUUUUUUAGCUGCAUUGACAGACAACAAGCCAGUGACGAAUGUUGUCUCUCCGCCUCAGGCCCACAAUGCAGUGCUGUUUGUCGCAACAUCUUUCUGAAAGAUUUCCUUCCAUCGCAGGAGGAACGCAAUGCAGUGCAGGAACUCUGCCGGGACAAUCGUCAUAUCACCCAAUGUGUUCAAAACUACACGAGAACCACACCAGCUCACAACCCUCAUAAAGGUCUCCCUUGUUGUGAGAAGGCUGCUACUCCUGUGUGCCGCCAAACCUGUGAGACCGUUCUAGUCACCCUAACCACUGAGCAAGAGAUCAUGGAAGAAAUAAUCAAAAGUUGUGGGGACCCUUUACCCAUGGACCCUAUGUGGCAGUGUUUCCUGACCAAGUCCAGUGACACUAGUGCAAGAGAUGAGACUGCUAGGGGAGCAGUGUCCAAUAUGGUCCUGGAUGCUGCCAAACUGCAGUGUUGUGGGAAAGCCACCUCAAGAAAAUGUAGAGACCUCUGUGUCAGGACCUACACCCGUCACUGGAGCCAGACCUGGCAUUCCUUCAGCAGAGAGUGCCAGUUCAGCCCUAAUGAGGUGGAACUUAAUAUGUGCUUAACUGAAAUUGAGGAACCUUGCCAAAUGGGUUGCAGUGGAUUGAAUUACUGCUCCAACUUUAACUACCGUCCUAGCAGUCUCUUCCGCAGUUGCAACGCUCGUGCUGACAAGAAUGCACGUGAAGAUAUGCUGAAGUGGGAAGAUGGCAUCAUAUAUCUUCCCCUGAUGAACAUUCCUGUAAAAAAUAUCAAGCAAUGCCAGCCAGACAUGUGGAAGGCUAUAGCUUGUGCUCUCCAAGUGAAGCCCUGCCACUCAAGUACACAUACUAACCUUAUAUGCAGAUCUGACUGUAUCUCUAUACUGAGUGAGUGUGUAGACUGGAGUAAGCUUUCACCUGACAAAUCUGCUGAGGAGCUCUGUGCUACAUUAUCACCUGAAAUAGAUGACAAUAAACCCUGUACAUCACUUUCUCAAUAUAUAGUGCCUAGUCCUCAUAGAGCUCACCAUAGAGAGGUAACCAACCCAUGUUCUCCAAACCCAUGUAACAACAGUCAUGUUUGUGUAGUGAAUAGACACAAGUGCAAGCACCCAGAAAAUUGCAAACCUUACCUCUGUAAACAAGGUUGCCAAGUGGGAGAGGUAUCCAUGUUUACAGUUCCUGUGGGCUCUUAUGUGCGUGUACCUGCCAGUAAUAGCCAUGCCAACUGUCAUAAAGUGUGUCGCUGUGGCCAUAGGAAGGGGCUGGAGCACUGCAGGUCCAUGAAGUGCACCAAACAUGACAGCUGUAUUGUAGGUGCAGGACACAUACAUGAUCACGGCAGUAAGUUCCAUACAGGGUGUAACAGAUGUGUGUGUCAGGCUGGGGAGGUGAUCUGUAGCAAGAGACAGUGUUCACCUGUACACUCAUCCAAUGAUGGACUCUCAGGCUUACCCUGUAAUUGUCCAGCUAUUUAUGACCCAGUGUGUGGAGCUAAUGGACGUACCUAUCCCAGUGAAUGUAUGGCACGUUGCUCCGGUAACAUAGACUUUCUACGUGGUGCUUGUAAGGACUAUGAUCCCUGUCAGCGGGAGCCAUGUGGGCGGAGCUACAAGUGCCUGGAGAGGCGGAGAGUUUGUCUGAGCACUGACUCUAAGGUCUGCAAACAGUAUGAGUGUGUGUCCCUGUCCCUAGUGUGUAACAGACACCACCAUGACCCUGUAUGCAGUGUAGGAAGGAUAGAGUUCAACAACAUAUGUCAGCUUUGGGCUUCAGGGAAAGACUUUGCCCACAGAGGGCACUGUAAGGAUACAUGUAACAUGGUGGGGGAAGUAUGUGGUCAUGAUGGGGUCACCUACCCUAAUGAAUGCUCUGCUUGGGGCCAGAGAGUGGCAGUUGACUAUGAGGGACAAUGUAAGGCUGUGGGUACAAUAGCCCUAGAUGGUGGAGACACCUAUUUUGAGGGCAUAGACUGCCCUGUGCUGCCAGUGGAACACUGUGCAGCUAUUACACCACCAGGGGCAUGCUGUCCCAUUUGUGCAAGUGAAAUCCGUCUUCUGUACAGUAAGACGCAAUCAGAUCUUGCUUCUCAUGCUGCUAAAGUUGGACCAAUCACAGUGCAGAAUGUAACGGAGGCACUGUCGCAGCUGAUCUCCACCAAGGAAUGUGAGGUGUUUGGCUACCUCAGUGUGGAGACUGAUAUUGUAGUGCUCAUCAUGCCUAUCACUCUCAAGCCUACCAGACUUCAGAUCGAGGCAUGCAAUACAGAAGCUGAGAGGAUAGUUUCAUUAAUAGAAUCUAGAAGUCCGACCAUACUUUCCUAUAUGCCACUAUCUUCUCUGAUGACGGCUACCCUACGUAACCCUGUUGUCCACCCCCUCAGCAGUGGGGCCACCUAUUAUUACCCCUCAGUACUACUAUGGACAAGUAUUAUGUUAUUUAUAUUAGAGAUCAAGUCAAGGACGUUUAGGUGAUAGUCACCUUGGUGAUACAUAUACUAUACUUGUAAACAGAUAUCAGUCAUAUCAGUUGUGCUCACAUUUAACAUGAGAAAGUGACCUGCAUGGUCAUAAGCUGCGCACAAUGUCUGAUAUUUGGAUUUAAUGAUCAAACUUGCAGUCAAGCCAGUAAUCAAUUGGCCCUAGCAGCUGUGGAAAAGGACCCAAUUAUAGCAUUUAUUACCCCAUCGCCAAACCCUCAAUCUGCCAAUCAAAACAUUUAUCACAUGUUAUCAAACAUUUUGAAAAUAUGUUAAGUAUAUGCUUGACUUAUGGGGUCAUAAUUCAAAUAUUCAAAAUGUAUAUAAAUUGCAUCAAGUUUUGAUGUCAAUAAGAGUCCAAUAUUAAGAACCUCAUGUUAAAACUUGCCUGAAAUGAGAAUGUAUAUGAGCAGUAUUGUAGUUGAGAGAGCUUUGUGUACAUAUAAGCCUACUAUCAAUAAUGUUGUAGAGACAGACCAUAGAUACAGUUUUAGAUUUUGAAAUAUGUACAGAAAAGUGUGUUACUUGUAUUGAAGCUGCUGUUAACAGCUGAUUGUCAUACAGCUACGUGUAUUUAAAACAGCUGUGUUCUACAAACGAAUUAUGAAAUGUGAAAUGAUAUUAAAGAACAGGUUGAUGAAUAGCUGACAAAGUUCAUUUAAUACAUUCACUCAUAUCAAUCAUACCUCAAAUAUUGAUAUUUUUAAAGUUAUCAAAUUUGAAUAAUUCAAAAUUCAAUCAAUCAUGUACCAUGUUAAUUUGGUGCAGCUUGUUUGGAUGACAAUCAGUUCAGAUGGAGAGUGAUCACACAAGGGUAAAUCAUGACAAUCUAUAAUGUGCCUCAAUCAGAUAUGUAAACCUAUAGUAUUUAUAUAAAACUGUUUGUAUUUCACACCAGGAGCCAGGGUCUUGUGUAUAGUUAACUACUUGUACAAUAUAAUAUUAUGUGAGACAGAAAACAACACAUAACUGCUGUAUAGAUAAUCAUGCAUGAUGUGCAUUCAGUAUUUUAUUUAUAUCUAUUAAAUCAUUUAAUGAUGCACACACAUUUACUUUCGAUAAUCAUAAUUGGUGUGCUUUCAUCAGAAUUAAUCAUGUUUGGUGUGCUGUCAUUGCAAACAAUCAUAAUUGGCUCUCUUCCUUACAAAUAAUCAUGAUUUGUGUAACUUCAUUGCAA